CCGGGGGGGUGUUUAAAAGAAGAAAGUGCAGGGGAAAAGGGAGCACGGAGCGAGGACUACUUCUAAUAUUGUAGCCAUGACAAAAAGAGAGGCUGAGGAGUUGAUAGAGAUAGAAAUUGAUGGCACAGAGAAGACCGAAUGCACAGAAGAAGAAAGCAUUAUAGAACACACGUAUAGCACAGCCGAGUUUGUCAGCCAGUCUAUUGACAUCAACGAGCCAAUUGGAAAUCUCAAGAAGUUGCUGGAGCCGAGACUUCAGUGUUCGCUAGAUGCACAUGAAAUAUGUUUGCAAGAUAUCCAGCUUGAUCCUGAUCGCAGUUUAUUUGACCAAGGAGUAAAGACAGAUGGAUCAGUACAGCUCAGUGUUCAGGUGAUCUCUCAGCAAGGGCUGGAGCCAAAACUAAACAUCUUGGAAAUUGUGAAGCCAGUGGAGACCGUUGAAGUGGUAAUUGACCCAGAUGCCCAUCAAGAUGCAGUAGAAGCUGAACUGGUUGAGGAAGCACAGGUGAUCACUCUGGAUGGGUCAAAACACAUAACAACAAUUUCUGAUGAAACAUCCGAGCAAGUAACCCGGUGGGCAGCAGCAUUGGAAGGCUACAGAAAGGAGCAAGAACGCUUAGGCAUUCCAUAUGAUCCACUUCAAUGGUCUGUUGAUCAGGUUCUUCACUGGGUGCUCUGGGUAAUGAAGGAAUUCUGUUUGACUGAAAUAAAUGUGAACUCCCUCGGUAUAACAGGAAGAGAACUCUGCAACCUUAGCCAAGAAGACUUCUUCCAAAGAGUCCCCAGAGGAGAAAUUUUGUGGAGUCAUUUGGAGCUUCUUAGGAAAUAUGUUUUGGCGAGCCAGGAACAGGGAGGCGAAAUUGCAACAGUUACCAUUGAUCAGCCUGUGCAUAUUAUACCAGCAUCAAUCCAACCAACCGCACAAACAACCAUUAAAGUAAUAAAUAGUCAAACCAAAGUAGCAAAAAUACAAAGGACGCCGCGCAUUUCUGGCGAAGACCGAAGUUCACCAGGAAACAGAACAGGGAACAAUGGGCAGAUCCAGCUAUGGCAGUUUCUUCUAGAAUUGCUCACUGACAAAGACGCUAGAGACUGUAUUUCAUGGGUUGGUGAUGAAGGAGAAUUCAAAUUAAACCAGCCAGAAUUGGUAGCACAAAAAUGGGGACAGCGAAAAAACAAGCCCACCAUGAAUUAUGAAAAACUUAGCCGUGCUUUACGGUAUUACUAUGACGGUGACAUGAUCUGUAAAGUUCAAGGAAAGAGGUUUGUUUAUAAGUUUGUUUGUGAUCUCAAGACCCUAAUUGGCUACAGCGCAGCAGAACUGAGUCGGCUGGUGGCAGAAUGUGAACAAAAGAAAAUGGCGAAGAUGCAAUUACACAGCAUUGGGCAGCCUAUGACAGCAGUCACACUGGCUACCGCUUCUCUUCAAAAAUAAUAAUUGGGCUCUGCAGGAACUCAAACUGAUACUUUCCAUCUGUGCAUUGGUCCUCCUUUAUUGGAUUCUGAUGCCUUUUUAUUUGCAGACCUCACACUAAAAGGCAUGAUUAUUUUGGGGGUUUUUUUUUUGAAAGAGACUUGGACUUCAUUACACUUGGAUCUUGUAACAUUUGUUUACAGUUACCUUUGUUCAUGAAGCAUGGCUUAUAUUCAACAUGAACUUAAUGAGCUCAACUCUUUCUAAUGAGCUUAAGCCUUCUCCACAAAAAUCAUCUUCAUUAUAAAGCCCGUUCUGAUCCCAAAGGCUCCUGUGGGGUUUUAUUUGUAUGUAUCAAAGGGGUUGUUCACCUUCCCAAAUUUUUUUUUUUUUAGAUAGAUCACCAGAAAUAAAGACUUUUUCCAAUUACAUUCUAUUUUAUAUGUAUAUGUGGGACCAUUUUUCUAAUAUUGAAUUGUAAAGUCUGAUUUUUU